AUGGGAAUGAUUCCUUUAACUUCUGAUGGACUUGUGGAUAGAAUGCAUUCAUUAUACAAGAGUUUGUUUGGUAAUUGUUCGGAUUGUACUUGUUCUGAGUUUUGUUCCAAUUGCUCUAUCCAAUUUGAAUUGAAUGUUCGAUGUGACGAGGAUACGACUAGAGCUGUUACUUCGGAUGACCUAGAGUCAAAUAACAUUGAGGUUGUUCCGGCUUGUGGUUCUCAUGCAAAUCGCGAUACUCUUGAAAUGGAUGGAAUUUCUGAUGAAAUUUUGAUUGUUAAACUUCGAAAAGGACAAGCCAUUUCAAUGCGCUGUUUUGCCAAGAAAGGAUUUGGAAAAGAACAUGCCAAAUGGAAUCUUUGUUCAUCCGUUGCAUUUGAAUAUGAUCCAGUCAAUGCUCUUCGUCACACAGUUUUAGCAAAACCGGAAGAAUGGCCAAAAAGCGAAUUUAGUGAAUUAUUAAAUGAAGAUGAUCAACGAGAGGCUCCUUAUCGCCCAAUGGACAAACCAAGGAAAUUUUGGAUUAGUGUGGAAAGUGCUGGGGCUUUAAAGGCAGAAAAUAUUAUUUUGAGUGGAAUUCAAGCUUUAAAGAAGAAAUUGGUGGAUUUGCAACAACAAUUGAAAGCAAUGCUCCUGAAUUCUAUUGAAGAAAAGAGAUUGGUUUAUUUAUUUUUGUGGUAAUAAUAUUUGUAAUAUUUUAUUGGUAAUAUUCGAGUUAUACUUUCAAGGGAAUAAGUUCUAUUUCAAAAUUAGGUAAAGUAAACUCACUGUCAUCCUUAGGGUUGUUCCACAAAGAGGGUGGGGGGCGGACGAGGAAUUUUCAGAGAAUAAAUUCCUCAUCUUUCAGGGGCGGGAUAUAACCUUAAUUUCAUUUCCUUUCUCUUUAAAUCGAAAUUUCGACCAUUCUUGGCCCUGAGCAAGCAGUAUAUUUAAAAUUACUUACAAGCAAACAUACCAAACUGUGAGUCAAAAUUUUGUAUUAUUUUUGGUACCAAUCGAUAGAGCAUCAUCGAUUUACUCUAGAAAAUUUUCGGCUUUUUUGGCUAGGAAUAUGAAACUAAAAAGCUACAGGGCUUCAAAGUUUGCCAAAAAUAGGGGAGAAAAGGAACACAAGAGGACGGUGCUACUGUAGAUCUGGGAAGAUAGGCAACGCUGAGGAAAAAAAGAAGAGAAAGGAAAAGGGUCAGCAACGUGAAAAAUUCAAAACGGUCAGUCGCUGUAAAAGAAAAGAGAAAAAUAGAAAUGGUCAGUGGGGGAAAUUUCUCUCAUUUAUAAGGGAGUCUCAAGCGUUCCUAAUUUUC